ACCUGGUCUACUGGAACCAGCUGCAUAAAGACGAAGCUACAGUUUCAGCUGUCACCUGUCGUGCUUUUUGUCUCCGGUUCACUUUGCAAAAACAAAGAAAGAAAGAAACAAAACAAAACAAAAAAUGCCUCCCAAGAAACAAGCAGCGGCUCCUGCUGAUCCUGAGCCCAGUUCAAACGCGGCUGCAGAGGAUGGAACUGAAAAGAAAGCAACUGCACCCGCGGCGGCGGCGGUGCGCAAAGUCGCAGCACAUCCAUCCACGGCGAUAAUGGUAAAAGAGGCGCUCACAGAUUUGGACUCACGCAAAGGGGUUUCCUCCCAGGCCAUCCAGAACUACAUCAAACAGAAGCACCCCACUGUGGAUCCGGUGAGGCUGAAGCACUUUGUCCGCCGAGCCUUGAAGAAGGGGCUGGAGAACGGGACUCUGGUGAGGCCUGUCCACGCCACCGUCACCACAGGCGCGCAGGGAAAGUUCAGGCUUGCGCCAAAAGUAAAAGAGGUGAAGCGGAAAAAUGAGAACAGCGAUCCAAAUGUGCAAAAAGCUCCCAGCCCGACCGAGGUUGGUGCCAAGAAGUCCAAGGCUGCAGGUGCCACCAAGAAGAAAAAGUCAACAAAUGAAAAGACAAAGUCUACAGAGAACCCAACAAACUCCAAGAAGGAGACUGCAGCUCCUCCUUCAAAGGUACCUGCAGCAAAGAAGCCAAAAGCCAAGGUGAAGGGAACCGCUGACGGAGGCUCCAACUCACCCAAAAGUAAGACUGCAAAGGCCAAAGGGGCAACUGCAGAAAAGAAACCCCCACGCAAAGCUGCAAAGACCGCCGAUGACGCUCCUGCGCCUAAAGCAGCUGGCAAACGAGUGAAGAAGGCGGUGUAAAAUUGAAACUUUUUUUUUUUUUAAACAAUUCUUACUAUGUUUCUUGCAAUAAAAUUAUUUUUAA